AAAGCGUCACCGGCGGAACACCCCUCCCCCUCCAUUUCAAUCACCCGAUACUACUGCUUCUCACCGGUCAACCUAUCCUUUCAUCUUUUCUUCUCUUCCCUCCUUUUCUCCACCACCUCCUUCUUCUUCUACCCUCACUUCUACUCGACCUCUUCCUUUUGGUCAGUGAUUCUUCCCUUUCUCAAUUCCCCCAAAAAUUAGUUAAAAGUUGUCCGGGAAUUGACUAUCUCGCAGUUUCAUUAUGGCUAAGGUUGAUCAAAAAGUUGUCCUCGUCGUCAUCGAUGGCUGGGGUGUUGCUGGCCCCGACUCCCGUAAGGAUGGUGAUGCCAUCCUCGCUGCGGAGACUCCCUUCAUGUCCGGUUUUGCCGAGGCCGAUUCCAAGACCGCCCAGGGCUACUCCGAGCUCGAUGCCUCGUCGCUUGCCGUCGGAUUGCCGGAGGGUCUCAUGGGUAACAGUGAAGUCGGCCAUCUGAACAUCGGUGCGGGACGUGUAGUCUGGCAGGACAGUGUCCGUAUUGACCAAACCCUCAAGAAGGGCGAGCUGAACAAGGUAGACAACGUCGUUGCAUCCUUCAAGCGUGCCAAGGAAGGCAAUGGUCGUCUUCACCUUCUGGGUCUGGUCUCCGACGGUGGUGUCCACUCCAACAUUACCCACCUGGUCGGCCUGCUGAAGGUUGCCAAGGAGAUGGAGAUUCCCAAGGUCUUCAUCCACUUCUUCGGCGAUGGACGUGACACCGAGCCCAAGAGCGCUACCAAGUACAUGCAGCAGCUUCUUGAUCAGACCAAGGAAAUCGGCAUUGGUGAAAUUGCCACUGUUGUUGGACGCUACUGGGCCAUGGACCGCGAUAAGCGCUGGGACCGUGUCGAAAAAGCCAUGAAGGGCAUUGUCUCUGGGGAUGGCGAAGAGUCCUCCGACCCUGUGAAGACCAUCAACGAGCGCUACGAGAAGGAUGAGACCGACGAGUUCCUGACGCCCAUCAUCGUCGGUGGCGAGGAGAGACGGGUCAAGGACGAUGACACCCUUUUCUUCUUCAACUACCGAUCUGACCGUGUUCGUGAAAUCACCCAAUUGCUCGGUGACUACGACCGCACCCCUAAGCCCGACUUCCCUUACCCUAAGAACAUCCACAUCACCACUAUGACCCAGUAUAAGACCGACUACACAUUCCCUCUUGCUUUCCCCCCUCAGCACAUGGGCAACGUGCUCGCUGAAUGGCUCAGCAAGAAGGAUGUUCAACAAUGUCACGUUGCCGAGACUGAGAAAUACGCUCACGUCACUUUCUUCUUCAAUGGUGGUAUUGAGAAGCAGUUCGCUGGUGAGGUCCGCGACAUGAUCCCAUCCCCCAAGGUUGCGACCUACGACCUGGACCCCAAGAUGAGCGCUGAGGCCGUCGGUCAGAAGAUGGCCGACCGCAUUGGUGAGGGCAAGUUCGAGUUCGUCAUGAACAACUUCGCUCCUCCUGACAUGGUUGGCCACACUGGUAAGUAUGAAGCUGCCAUUCAGGGUGUUGCUGCUACCGACAAGGCCAUCGGUGCCAUCUAUGAAGCCUGCAAGAAGCAUGGCUACGUACUCUUCAUCACUGCGGAUCAUGGAAACGCCGAGGAAAUGCUUACCGAGAAGGGCACCCCCAAGACUUCUCACACCACCAACAAGGUUCCCUUCAUCAUGGCCAAUGCCCCUGAAGGCUGGAGCCUCAAGAAGGAGGGUGGCGUGCUUGGAGAUGUCGCACCAACCGUUCUCGCUGCCAUGGGCAUCGAGCAGCCUGAGGAGAUGUCUGGACAGAAUCUCCUGGUUAAGGCAUAAACAUAUUUUAAUAUAUAGAUCGUCCUAACGCAUCAUCUAGAGACGAUUUGAGCGGGUUAUGAAUACAUGAAAGUUAUGGAGUUCAAAUGAUUGACAGUUCGAUGUAGCAUAAAUAGAAUUUAGAGGCUGUGGAAAUAAAUGCAUGUUAUCCUCUUAAAGCGCAUAAGGGUCGUAAAG